CGAGGGCUCCCUGACACAAUGUCCGUGCAGAUACUUCCUGAUCAAAGUCAGCAACUCCUCCUUCAGUGUCAGAGCAAUGAGCCGCCUUCCCUGUAUCCAUACACUGUGUACGGACUGCCUUCCCUGUAUCCAUACACUGUGUACGGACUGGCUUCCCUGUAUCCAUACACUGUGUGCGGACUGCCUUCCCUGUAUCCAUACACUGUGGACGGACUGCCUUUCCUGUAUCCAUACACUGUGUACGGACCACCUUCCCUGUAUCCAUACACUGUGUACGGACUGCCUUCCCUGUAUCCAUACACUGUGUACGGACUGGCUUCCCUGUAUCCAUACACUGUGUACGGACUGCCUUCCCUGUAUCCAUACACUGUGUACAGACCACCUUCCCUGUAUCCAUACACUGUGUACGGACUGCCUUCCCUGUAUCCAUACACUGUGUGCGGACUGCCUUCCCUGUAUACAUACACUGUGUGCGGACUGCCUUCCCUGUAUCCAUACACUGUGUACGGACUGCCUUCCCUGUAUCCAUACACUGUGUACGGACUGCCUUCCCUGUAUCCAUACACUGUGUACGGACUGCCUUCCCUGUAUCCAUACACUGUGUACGGACCGCCUUCCCUGUAUCCAUACACUGUGUACGGACUGCCUUCCCUGUAUCCAUACACUGUGUACGGACCGCCUUCCCUGUAUCCAUACACUGUGUGCGGACUGCCUUCCCUGUAUCAAUACAUGUGUACAGACUCCUUUCGACUGUUUCACUCACAUUAUAUAGAAGGAUCUGCAAUACAAAAUUCCAAAUCUCAGCGAGGAGAGAUACAGCUCUCCAGUCCAUGUUAUCUCCUAGUAACCGACCACGAAUAA